AAAAAAAAAAACAUAAAAUGAAAAAAUGAAAAAAACAAGGAGUUUCUCUUUACUAUAAUGCUUCGACAAUGGAUCGUUAACCUCUACAAAUCGGUGGUCUUCAUGGCAAUUAUGCACAUAGCUCUUAUCCCACAAGCAAUAUUCCCAUUUAAGCAGGUUUAAGAAAGCUCUCAGCGACCAUUAUGGCACAUCAGCUUGAAAGGUUCAUCGUGAUCAAAUCAGUACUAUCCGGACAACAUGCAUAUCGCAUGAAUGAAACGGAGGCAGUAGCUUGUAGUGAAGGGAGUGUUUUUAGCGAAUUGGUGAAGAUUGAGGUUGAGACGGCAAAAAUUAAUAGCAAGUAUGUUCACCUACGAUUCUGUCACAGCAAUAGAUACUGGGCGAAAACUGCAAAUGAUGUGUGGAUGAUUGCUAGCUCCAAGCAACCAGUUGAAGAUACAACCAAUCGGUCAUGUACGUUGUUUGAGCCAUCUAUAGGCAAAGAUGGGCACCACUACUUGAGACACGUUCAAACCGGACGGCGUGUGCGAACAAGUUAUCGGAAUGAGCUAUCGGACAAGAGCUAUCGUGUUUUUGUGGAUGAUAUAGACGGUGGUGAUUCAACUCCUUGGUAUGCUUUCACUUUUGUGGAUUGGGAAACAAUAGUUAAAUUGCCCAAGCAGGUAAUAUUCAAAGGCGACAACGGCAAGUACCUCAAGACUGUCACUAUCGAAGGAAACCCCUGCCUGCAAUUCUCAUCGGAUGAUCCUAAAGAUGAGGCAUCGUUUCACGAGGUCACAAUGACUCCGGAUGGACAUGUUCACAUAAGGGCUACAUCUAGUGGCCUGUUUUGGACACUUGAACCCAAUUGGAUAUGGGAUUAUGAAAUUGAUCCUAAUCGUCUUGAGGCUUUGUUUUGGCCGGUCAAAGUUAAUGAACAUGCCAUUGCUCUUCGCAAUGAACGUAACCAUAGAUUCUGUAAAAGGCUUACCGCAGAGGGAAAGACCAGCUGUCUCAAUGCUGCGGCUAACACCGUUACCGAUGAAGCAAUAUUGCAAGUGGCAGAGCCUAUUUUUAGAAGAAAGAUCUAUGAUGUUAGAUAUCGCUUGGAAGAUGCUCGGAUAUUAUCUGAUGAGGUACCUAUCUCAGCAGGCAGUGGUUACGCUGAGAAUACUUCAAACCAAAAGGCUACUUUAGCUGUCAAGGUUGCGUAUCAAGAGGAGACUACUUCUUCUUUUAGCAACAGUGUAUCUAUAAUGACAGGCCUCGGGGUCGAGUUCAAAGCUGGUAUUCCAUUCCUUGCAGAGGGAAAAAUUACAGUCUCUGCUGAGUUAACUAAUACCUUAGAAUGGAAUACAACAAAAAAAGAAACUAAAACAGCAGAGGUAACAUAUCAAACUGAUGUGCCGCCUAGGAGCAGGGUCACAGUUCAUUAUAUGGCAACAAAGGGUACCUGUGAAGUUCCUUUCUCCUACCUUCAGAAAGACACGAUUGCUAAUGGGACUCUUGUUCCUACCCCAAAGACGGAUGGUGUAUUCACUGGUGUCAGCUAUCAGAAAUUCCACUUCGAUCAGCCUAAAAUAGAACCUCUGUGACUGUGAACAUGUAGUGUCUAGAUUGAAGUGUAUAAAUAAGUGUUUGUUCAACACAUAGAUGUGUGUGUGUGUGUGUGUGUGUGUGUGUGUGUCAAUUGUCAUAGCUCGUUUCUGCACUUCCACUUUAGCUUAGCUUCAGGUGAGAGGUUUUUUUCAUCAACUUCAGCAUUUUGUUAAUGUUGGUUUUUUCCUCUCAAAUCAAUAAAGUGAUCAUUUCCUUAUUUUAAUAAAA